AUCUGGGUGCGCGCCUCAGGAUGGGCCGCAACCGGAGACGUAGUACGCGCGGCGGUAACUCUCGAGCACCCGCGGUGACGCGGAACUCCCCCAGGGUGGAAGUGAACCCGAACUUCAGCAAUUUAAGUGGAAAUGAGUGGAAAACUUUUGGAAACGCUAAAGUCAAAUCACUUUGCGGUGGACAAGCAAGUGACGCCAAACAGGAUGAUGACUCGGUAUUCUGAAUUCAAACUUGCUAAAACUUUAGUUAUGACCGUCCCCAACUUCUUCUUUUUCUUCCUUUCGGUUUGUCCCGUUAGGGAUCGCCACAGUGUGUCAUCUUUUUCCCAUCUAUGGGAUUCAAACCACAGUUGCCGUCACUCUAGUAGUUGAAGGUUGAGUCCACGUUGUAUACUCUACGUAGGUAAUGCUGUUAGCGCGCUAGGCUAACUUCGACCGAGAAGGUUCAACGCGAACGACACGGCACUAAUUUGGGCACUCAGAUAAGACUUGUUAAAUUUCCUAUAGGUCCUCACGGCCCUCGUCGUACAAGUUCUGAAGUUCUUCAACAGGACGGUUUGAUCACAAACGCGUCUCGUUGUUAGCCAGCUAAGCCAAGGUGGUCUGGGCCUCGAAGCACUUUUAAGUUGACGUUUCUACUUGCCCAACUUCCUGCUAAGUACUCACCGUCCUCGUUGUAAACCAAACGUAGGUUUGGCUGGUCGUCAUCAGUGCCGCAACUCUGCAACUCUCCGACACUCAUCGUCACGGUGGGCCUGCCGGCCAGGGGGAAGACCUACAUCUCCAAAAAGCUCACCCGCUACCUGAACUGGAUCGGAGUUCCCACAAAAACCUUCAAUGUGGGCCAGUACCGGCGGCAGGCCGUCAAGAUCUAUGACAACUUUGAGUUCUUUAAACCUGACAACGAGGACGGCAUGAGGAUCCGCAAGGCCUGCGCGGCAGCCGCCCUCAGAGACGUCGCGACGUACUUUGCGACUGAGGAGGGUCAAGUGGCGGUUUUUGAUGCCACUAACACCACCAGGGAGAGAAGGGCAGUCAUCCUCAGCUUUGCCAAAGAGAAAGGCUACAAGGUUUUCUUCGUGGAGUCAAUCUGCGAUGACCCAGAAAUAAUUGCAGAGAAUGUCAAGCAAGUGAAAUUUGGCAGUCCAGAUUACGAGAAUCGCAGCAUGGAAGAAGCCAUGGAAGACUUUCUGCAGCGCAUUGAGUGCUACAAGUCGAGCUACAUGCCGAUAGACGACGAGAAAGACAGGAAGCUCUCCUACAUCAAGAUCUUCGAAGUGGGUAAAAGGUACCUGGUGAAUCUGGUCCAGGACCACAUCCAGAGCAGGAUCGUCUACUACCUAAUGAACAUCCACGUUGCUCCGAGGUCCAUCUACCUGAGCCGCCACGGGGAGAGCGAACUCAAUCUUCUCGGUCGAAUCGGCGGAGAUUCUUCUUUGUCCUCCAGAGGACACGAAUAUGCUGCUGCUUUGAAGACCUUCAUCCAAAGUCAGAAAAUCCAUGACCUGAAGGUGUGGACCAGCCACAUGAAGAGAACCAUUCAGACUGCACACACUCUGGGUGUCCAGUAUGAGCAGUGGAAAGCACUCAAUGAGAUCGACGCGGGGGUAUGUGAGGAGUUAACUUACGAGGAGAUACAAGAGCAUUUCCCCGAAGAGUUUGCGCUGAGGGACCAGGACAAAUUUCGGUACCGUUACCCCAAGGGUGAGUCCUAUGAAGACCUGGUCCAUCGCUUGGAGCCCGUCAUCAUGGAGUUGGAGAGGCAGGAGAAUGUUCUGGUGGUCUGCCACCAAGCUGUCAUGCGCUGCCUCUUGGCGUACUUCUUGGACAAACCUGCAGGUACACGAGUCAUCUUGUUCUCCGCGUUCCUCGGUAAUCAGUCUUCUUUUCCUCUCCCUGAAGACCAGCUCCCUUAUCUCCGAUGCCCUCUCCACACUGUGCUCAAACUCACACCGAUAGCCUACGGUCAGUGGUCACGGUUUGACUCUUUGACGGCGCCAUCCGAGUGUCUUCACGUCCUGGUGUUCUUCUCGCUCGUAGGGUGCAAAGUUGAGUCCUUUUACCUCAACAUCGAGGCAGUCAACACACACCGAGAGAAGCCCACGAACGUGGACAUUGACAGGAACCCGGAAGAAGCUCUGCAGACGGCUCCCAAUCGCGUUUAAACAAAGGGCCUCACGAACGGCCAAGAUAAGAUCCCGAUGACAUCUUGGAACUCACCGUGGAACCCACAUGGCGGAAUGCCUUCGCGCUCAACCUUCUUCCCGUGACGAGCUGCUUGAAAAACUGCACGCCACAUUGUGCGACGACACUUUCUACAAAAGUUGUAAACGUGUAGUACAAAGGGCAAACGCCAACUUUCAGGGAUCGGUUCUUGUCUGUCUGGCCAUGGAGAUCCUCGGUUGUCCCAAGUCCACUUGAUAGCUACUGUGGUUAUGUUUUGGCUGUUGUAAGCGCUUUCAUUUAAUCUGUACUCAAGUUUGCCACUGUGGUCUUUAUAAUUAAACGUGUUUUAUUGUCUUGCUAAUUCUGUUCUUCAUGAAUGAUCCAGUCUUUGGGGGCCUUGUUGCUGUUGGAGCCAGGCAAUCGCAUUGUUCGGUCGACUUCUAGUUCCAGGAAUGCGGACACUUCCUUUGGGCGUUUCCACAGGUCCAUUACGGUCAGCGGAGUGGGAGCCCCUGCAAAGCUGAAGAUGUGCUGCGUGUCGUGAGGGCCCUGCUCGCAUUUCAGGCAGAGGUUGACGGUAGUAUUGUGAAAUACGAGCCAUAUAGUCAUUGAGCAUGCGGCGUCGUCCGGAGGAGAGUUGUGACAGUUUGGAUCUUGUGCCCCGCGGAAGAUCAGUUCCGGUUUUGUCCACCUCGGGGGUUUGGAUAGCCACCAAGAAUGACGACCGGUUUAUAGCCGUCCACCGCGUCUUCAACCGCCGUUCGUUGGAGCCUGCGUAGCCCGUCUCGGUAGGCUUGUUCCUCGAACGCCGUGUCGGUGGGGGUGUCUUCGUCGAUUAUCUUGAGGGUAUUUGCGGACGUCGUGGUGAAGUAGGCGCAGUUUUGGUGGUUUGUUUGACACCUGAUGGCACGGGUAUUAGAUACUGCCGGGCGAGUAGUUUGUUGUUGCUUCACCAGUGGGAUUUUGGUCUUUGAUGCAGGUUGGGGGGCCUCAACAAGAACUUAGAAAAAAGUUAUUAAAGACAACAUAGAAUAAGUACAGGGGAAAAAAACAUUAAGGCCUA